UCGAUAUCCACAGAAACAUUUUAGAUUUUAAUUUCCCCCUGCAGUACCUUCAGACAACAUAAUAACAAUAAACAAGGAGACAAGAUCCUGCAAUGUUCACACGCAUCUGGAGAGACUCCUUACCAUGGAUACCCCCCAGCCAAGCAACCCACUCCAAAUCCUCCGAACACACCGACACGGAUCUCCGAGGCACCUCGCAAGUUGUUUAGCUGCAGCACACGUCCCCCUCCGUUCACCCACCCACCCACCGCCAGAACAGGCAACACUUUUAAAACAGCAUUUUUGUUUUGCCGAUUAUUUUGACCGUUUAAUUAAGAGAAAUUAGCUAAAUAGAAAAUCAGGUAGAAUUUCCAAUGAUUACAACAAAUGCACAUCUCCGGCUUUUUAUUCAUUACCUUUUUUAUUGAACACUCAUUUUCCUUUCCUCUUGACAGCGAUACAUUUAAUUGCAGGAGCUCAGUUAUUUGGUUAGCUGUGGGUCCGUUUUUACUCACAGUGUUGCCACGCACAGGAUGUCCUUAAAAUCAAUUAAUUCUUCCUCGACUCGCAUUUCUGCAACCCAUUUACAGAAUGUAGAUACCUAUUUUCAUGUUUUCCUCUUUCCCCCUCCCUUUUAUUCCUCUGUCUCUCUCUCUCCCUCUUCCUCUCUCUCUCUCUCUCUCUCUCUCCCUCUCCCUCUACCCCCCUCUUUUUCGCUGUUGCCUCUUUGCCUCCCUAAAUCAAGGUGCAAAGAUGCCAAAGAGUGAUGAAAUGAAAAGAAAGCCAAUUGCUGGACUGAGGUGGGGGAGAUAGCUGCUCGGAGUCCGCCUGCGACUAUGGAGCAGUCAGUAAUUGCUGGAGACAGGGAGAGCUGGGGGUUGGGCUGAGGUAGCCAUGUAUAAAUAGUGUGAUCUCAAAUUGAAAGGCAUAAAUAACAGCAGGAGUGAUCUAACCCUAUACAGCCCAUCUUCUACGUGCAAAAACAGCGUGUGGAGGACGGCCACAUCUCCGACUGAAACCAAGUGGAUCUCUGUGGAUAAGAUCACCGGGAAGCCAUGGAAGAACUUACGGCUUUUGUAUCCAAAUCUUUUGACCAGAAAAGCAAAGAGAGCAGCAGCGGCAGUGGCAGCGGCAACAAGAAGGAGACGAUCACGUACAGGGAAGUUUUGGAGAGUGGGUUGGCUCGCUCUAGGGAGCUUGGAAACUCUGAUUCUAACCUGCAGGACAUGACCGAGAGCAGCAACCAUUGCCCGGUGCAUCUUUUCAAAGACCACGUAGAGAGCGACAAGGACAAACUGAAGGAGUUCAACACGGGCAGGACGGCGGAAGGGAUCUACGAAUGCAAAGAGAAGAGGGAAGAUGUGAAGUCAGAAGAUGAAGACGGACAGACCAAGCUUAAACAAAGGAGAAGCAGAACCAAUUUCACACUAGAGCAGCUGAACGAGCUGGAAAGACUUUUUGAUGAGACUCACUAUCCGGAUGCCUUCAUGAGGGAGGAACUAAGCCAGAGGCUGGGACUAUCUGAAGCUAGGGUUCAGGUCUGGUUCCAGAACAGGAGAGCGAAGUGCCGAAAGCAGGAAAACCAGAUGCACAAAGGUGUGAUCCUGGGAACCGCCAGCCAUUUAGACGCCUGCAGAGUAGCCCCCUAUGUGAAUAUGGGAGCCCUGAGGAUGCCUUUCCAACAGGUCCAGGCGCAGCUGCAGCUGGAGGGCGUGGCCCACGCGCACCCGCACCUGCACCCGCACCUGGCGGCCCACGCGCCCUACCUGAUGUUCCCGCCGCCGCCCUUCGGGCUGCCCAUCGCCUCCCUGGCCGAGUCCGCCUCCGCCGCCGCCGUGGUGGCCGCGGCCGCCAAGAGCAACAGCAAGAACUCCAGCAUCGCCGACCUGCGGCUGAAGGCCCGGAAGCACGCCGAGGCCCUGGGGCUCUGACACGCUUCCCCCGAGCCCCCCAUCACACCCCGCCCCGGGUGCCCGCGGCGGGCGGGCGUGUGACCCGCACGGACCGCCGCUCUGCCCCCCCCGCUCCUCCUCAUCCUCCUCCUCCCUGGCUGCAGGGCGAGCAGCGAGCGCUCCGGCCGCCCUGCCGCCUUAUCUCUUUUUUUUUUUUUUUUUUAAUUUUUAUUUUAUUAUAUAUAAUUUUUUCGGGGGUUUUGUUUUUAUUUCUCUGCCCUUCCCCGAGGUCUGCGAGCGCCGCUUUGCUCGCCCGCUCGGCCCCAGGGACUCGGCGGCCGGGAGGUGCCGCGUGGCGCGGCGGGGACGCUCCGCCCGCCGCCGAACCGCGGACACGACACACGCGAGCGGCAAACACGCACCCGCCAGCCAGAGACUCCUCGGAGGACAAAGUAGGUGGGAGGAGAGAGAAAAGAGAGCUAAAAAAAAAAAAUCACAAAAANAAAAAAAAAAAAAAAAAAAAAAGAGAAAUGAAACGAUCUCUAAAUUAUGUUAAUCCGUGAACAUUGGGGACACUUUGGAUUUUUGACCCUGGCAAAAGUGAUUGCUCCGGCAUAACGUCAUCUGCUGCUGUCAGUUUUGCUACCUUGUGCAUGUGUCAAACUAAACACGUUUUGAAGAUCAGAAAUAUAUUAGAACAAAACUAAACAAAACAAAUAGUAAUAAUAAUAAAUAAUAAAUCCUUGGGGCUGGUCUCCAUUAAAGAUGACAUUUCUUUGUUGCCAACAGUAUUAUUUCACUGCCAUGAAUCUCUUCCAUCACUGAGGAGCUGCUGCUGCUGCAGAACUGGUUUGAAUUUAAAUGUGGAAUUUCAGAUCUGAGGCAAGGCAGGUUUUUAUUUUCCUUCUUUUCUUUCCUAAGGAAAAAAAAAAAUUAGCAGCAAUAACAAAAAAGUGUGUGUCUCAAAUGGCUAUGUCCUUUGAAAGGAGAAAAAAAAGAAAGACUAGAAUUUACUAAUUGUUAGUGAUAACUUGAAAGAUGGGAACAAUAAGAAAUGCACCUGUUUUGCCAGAAUUACGUGAACUCAAAGAGCUGUAUUGUGCCAUAGAAACAGGUCAGUUUUUCAUUUUUUUCCCCCAAAUGCCUAGAUCUUUGAAUCAGAAUCUCACUGCUUUACAGGAUGUAGAAAGGAUGAAUUAUACAACAAAGAUGGACAUAUGGUUUUAAGGCAUAAUACUGAUGCAGCAUUAAUUUUAGUGAAAUGCAAUUAAGUGCAGUAAAGUGCAAUACUGUAAAUAUUAUAGAUUAAAAAAAAAAUAGCAGUACUUAUUCAGUUAUUAACCAAUUCUGCAAAAUCCGUAACUUAAAUUCUUUAUGCUCAGACUGGUGCAUUGCAGCUCCUUGCCAAAAUGACAGUCUGAGUCUUCUAGGAACGGAUAAAGUUAUAUGUAUCACGUAUGGGAAAAGGUAGAUACUAUGAUUUCUAGUCAACUUAAUGUGCCAUAUUUCUGGGAAGCAAGCUGAAAAGUCUGUAAGACACUUUCACAUGGUUUUAAGUAAAAAACAAAAAACAAUAAAGCCAAACAAAUUAAAACAACCCAUAGAAGAGUUCUGUAGAAAAGGACAAGUUCAAUAUUUGGCCAUUUAAUUUUUUGCCAGUGAUUUGGACACCAAGCAUUAAGCUAAUGCUUAAGCAAAGUAACUACUACAAAUCCAGCGAAGGAUGGAGAGCAGGGAAGUCCUUUAAAUUAUAUUACCAAAGUGUCUGGGUUUACUGACCCUCUUCCCCAGUUUUCUUUUUUCCUGUUAUUCAGUUCUAAUUAGGUUUGGGGUUUUUUUAAAAGUUUUGCUGGGGAUGAGAGAGGAAGGUACAAAUAGUGGUCUUGUCUUCAUCUAACAAGAUAGUUAUUUGUUGCCUUUGCUACCAAGGCCUGUGUUGAUGGAAGGUUAUCCUCUGAAUAGCACCAUUAUUAGGCCUGCUUUUUAUGUCUCGUUUAGCAAUCCAUUACUAGUUUUGGCUUUUGCUGAUAUUUAUCAAAUCCAAAUAUUACUGUAGGACAAAAAUUCAUGCUUAGGAUAAUUUUUAGAGACUUUUCUUCUUAUUAUUUUUAAUUUUUUUUUCUUUUCUCUUUCAAAUUUUGAUAUUUUCUAGCAAGCAAAAUUUCUGGAAUGUCCAAUAUGUGCAGUUUCCCUUCUAUUUAUUAUGUGAGAAGUAGUUAAUAUCAUGGAUUUGCUGGGACUGAUAAAAGUUGCCUGCCUUUUUUACCUCUCUGUGAAUGUCUAGUACAUUUAUAAAGCAAGGCCAAAAUAUUUAGGUAACAUUACUAGGUGCUGAGAAGUACAGACCAAAUCUCAGGCGGUUAACAAUUUCUUAUUGAAACAAAACGUUGUCUGGAAAGUAAAAUGUUAUUCACAAUGAUGUAUGAAAUUCUGGCUAGAAUGAGAAAUAUUUGGAGUGGUGCUAGCACUUCUAAAAUGCAGAUCUGAAAAAUAAUAAACAUUAGUACAAAGACAGUUUAGGCUAAAGUAAGUAACCUGCUGUACUGGACACCCACAGCCAUGGAAGGAGAAUUAGAUACACGGUGUUGAAGACCAAAGGCACAGAGCUAUAGAUUGAAUGGGGACUGCUUGUUAUCUGUACCUCUAAUCUAAUUGUUAGCCUUUCAAAUCCUCUUUUGAGAAUCUGAGAGAUGACAUGGUUAUUUUGCAGUCCUGCACUGGACUUUCAGAAAGGAGUGAUUUUUUUUACCCUCAGAUAAUUCCAUAGAGUGAACUUGUUGAACCUGUAGCAUUGGGAUAUGAAUUUUCUCAGACUUCCAAGUAAGAUGCUGAGAAGUGGUACUGACCUCAAAGUGUUACAGGAUACACCUACAGUAUGCAUCCACUUUGUAUGGGAAGAAAUAACUUUCUGCCUUUUUUGUUCUACUAGAUACAAACACAGCAAAAAAUGCCUGUAGACUUCUCUCACAAAUUUUACUUCUUUAUGGUAUUCAAAACGCAGUGGCAACAUGAAUGCAAUUCCCUGCUAAGAUGAAACAAGGCUGGUAGUGUAGCAUACAUCUUUCCAGAAUGAAAUAUUUUUACUUUUUUUCUGAGUUCUUUCAAUGGAUGUGUCAAGGACAGUCUUGCUCUCUGCCACAGAAGGGAAGGAGGUGGCAAGAUUUAUCAACUUAGCAUGCUUUGAAGGAGGUACCACAGCUCAGCCUGGGGAGAGGGGCAGGGUGUUGCUGGGCAUCUACCAAGGUGCUUCAUGCUGCUCUUGCUUUUCAUUCAGUAUGAAAGGAAAUGAAAAGGUGCACUGUGUAGGGGCUGUUGUCAAAACUGGUUUUGCUUUGCUGUUUUGAGUAGGCCAAUUGCAUUAGUGCAGGUGUAAAAACUUUGCCUUGUUUUGGAUGAUGCACGCAGGUGACCUCCUCUUCUUGUCGUCUUUACAUCAUUGGAAAGAAAUGAGGCAUCCUACCUGGCCUACCAUGUAUUGGACUGUACUUUUCUCUAAGUGUAAGUCACUGUGGCUCCAUUCACCAUGUGGUGCUCCAGUGAUCCAUACAAGUUGAGUUUUGGACCAAAGCAUCUACUUCAUCUCUGUUAAUGUGUGGUCUCUUUAUGUUUGUUUCUUUGUUUAAUUUUUUAGGUUCUUUAAUUGUUUUCUUAAGUAGGUUGGAGGUUGAAGAUAACAUAGUCAUGGUCCUGAGAUGCAUUAUUAAAGUUUAAAAGUUUUGUAAUUCUUUGACAUGCUCAGGCGUGCCAAGCCUCAUUAACUGUCCACCAUCAUCAGCCUGAUCUUUGUGUAAUCUUUGAUUUGAGAAGUGUGAGAUUUCCAAGAUCAUCAAAACAGCAGCCACUGAGCAGAAUUUCCUUGGAGGAGGCCUUCAUUUAGCAUAUGUGGAUUGCUAAAGUAUCUUUCUCAGAAGAUUGGUCUGCUAUUUGAAAAAUAACUUGAAUGAAUGCGAAAUGAAUACUGACGUUUAUAAGCAAGACUAUAAAAUGGCUUCAUGCCUUAAAUGGGCCCCUUUAUAAUGGAAAGAUUAGAUUCUGUGGGUUUUUUUUUUUCAAACUGUCAAACAAGUUAAAGUAAUUCAUUCAUUUGUACCAAAAUAGCCAGUUAACUCCAUGGCUCAUUUUUAUUGACUUGGAAAUAUGUGAAAAAAUUAUACUGAAAGUUUUUUUGCUUUGUUAGGGUCAUAUAGAUGUAGUGACAUUUUGGUUAAUAUCAUAAUACUUAGCACUUAUAUAAUGUUCAUUUGCAAAGCACUGUAUAAAUGUCUGUUAUUGAAUCCUCACCAGUUAUGAACUAGGUAAGAAUUAUUGUCCCUCUUUUUGUAGAAAUUAAGGCAUAUAAAUGAAGGACCAGGUUCCAUCACCCAUUGUCAACCGAGUAUUACUUUUGUUUUUGUAAUGUAGCAACAACUCCCGGAUCAUAAUCUGACAUGAGCUUUAUGGUGGUAUACAAACUUCUAUGUAGCCAGAGCUGCUUAAAAUUUAAACUCUAUCUGAUUUCAGAAAAAGUUUUAAAGGGCACAUUGAAUGUGUUUUGGAGUGUCAGAAUGUGCCUGUGUGUUAUUUCCACAGAACAUGAAGUUACUGUCCAAUUCUCCGACCCUGUAUGUCAGUGGGAAUUUUGUUUAUGACUCAAUGGGGCCGAGUUGUGUCAGUGCUAAGACUAAAACCAAAUUUCCAAGUUCCCAACAGCAUGCACAAAUUGCUAGGAAACUCUGAUUUCCCACUUCCCCUACUAUAAAUUUUUCACACUGACCGAGUGUACAGAUGUCAAUUCUUUGCAUGCUUUAUCUGCUAUGUCUUUUAGUCCUAUGUUUGCCUAUAAAAUAAUAAUAAGACAUGAUUUUGAAUUGACAUAACAUUGACACAUUGGGACUGUUGACUCAAAUCAAAUAGACAUGUAGUAGUACAGAAAUCCAGAUCCCUAAGGCAAACCCAGGUUAUGGAUUUUUUUUUUUUUUGUGAUGAAAAAUACGCAUGUUUUCUGCUUGUUUAAAUGUGCUAAGCAAAAUUAUUUUUUUUUAAACAGAUAAUUUUAGUUUUUGGAGGCAUUAUUGUUUUGGAGAUGGCAGGCCUUUUUUCCCCUUCAGUUUGAGGAAAACUUUCAAAGCACAGGAAAAAUAGAUUACACAUCUUUCUUAGAAAUGUGUUUAUUUUUAUAAUAUCUAAUAUCUAAUGAUCCAGGUGGUGUCCUUGUUACUGCUAAUUUUACACAAUUCUAUAAAGUGCACACAGCCAAUAUGGUUGGAAUUUUUUUGUGUUCCUGUUUAAAAGGAUAGGAAGUGCCCCACUUUUCAUCUGUAAGCAACCUUCUCACCUCAUUAUGUUGUUUUCUUUCCCUGAUGUAACAGCAUUUUCAUGGCAAAAAAGUUUUCAAACAGCUGUGGAUAACAUGGUAACAGCUUCUCAUUUGGUCCUUUGAAAAUCUCUACUGAUUGCAGUUGGAUGUGAUAGGGCUGGAGAAGGCCUGGUACUGCUUGGAAACUAAAACAAAAAAUAAAAAGUAGUGUGAUGUGCAACGGAGUGUGAUCUCCCCUCCUUCAGAGACAAACAGAGCCUUCUGCCUUUAGCCUCGUGCUUGUACAAUGGCACCUCUAAGUCACUUCUUUAAAAGGUACAACAUGGGCCCUGUCAAUGUAAUGCUGUGGCUGAUUUUAUAUUGGUUAUUUUUGCUGGCUGGCUUUUCUAGGCCAGUCAGUGGAAGGCCACAGGCUUUGGUGUUCGAGGCAUUCUUCAAAAGGGGUGUGAUGACAGAUAUCCCUCAAAUUCUUACUGUUAGAUUUGAUACUAAAAGUUGGUUCCUAAUUUUAGUAAAUUUGCUGAUUUCCAAUAAAUAAUUGAAACCUAAUGUAGUUCAUACAUACACCUUAUAUUGAAAAUUGAUAUAUAACUAAAAUCAGUUGAAGAAUGUAGAAAAUAUCAGAUUUUGAAGCUGAAGAUAUUUAUUGAAAGACAAUACUUUCAUGAAUCUAGGCUUAUGGUAUGUAUUAAUUACAUCAAAGACAGGCAAAUAUCUCUGUUUUUUGUAUUAAUGUAUGUGGAUGUUUUAUUUAUUUUUUUUUGAAAAUUCUAAAUGUGUAUUAUUUUAAUUAUGUUGAGUGUAAAUUUGACAAUGCUUUGCAUUUAUUUUUAUAUUUUAAAACCCUGUUGCUUUUGCAAAAAUAUGAGCAGUCAGUAUGAUUUGCAGUAACAUAGCAUUAUUUUGGUUAUGUACUCACAGUGUGUCUGGUUUACAGACAUUUCAGGGAUUGCUAAACUGAAACAAAUGAACAAAAAAAAAAUCUUCAAACCUAACUCAUCUUAAAAGGUUGUACCCCUUUGCUAUUGUGGAAGAGAAAAAGAAAUGAGCAAACAACCUUUUUUAGGUCUCGAUUAUGCCAGCAUGCUCCUACAUGAAUUCACCAAACACGUUGAGUUCCAUUUUUGGAGUGUAUUAUGUUGAAUCACAUGAUAUGAAUGUACAUCUUGUAAAAGUGAGAUAUGAAUAAACUUAUAAAUAUUUGUA